UGGACUCAGUUAGUCCUGAUGUCAGCUGUGUGUUUCAGCUGCCAGCGGCCCCCCGCUGGGUUUUGACAAAUGCAGUUCUCGUCUCCGGCAGAUAGGCGGCCUUGUCCCGGGCAGGACAUCCCGGACAGCCCGGCCCCGGUGCCGCAGUGUAUGGUGGGAAACAUGGGAUCAGGUGUGGGCCGGAAGCUGAACGUGCUGCUGACGUCGGCUUGACGCAGCAGGAUCCGUGAUGACAGCAGCGAGCGGAGGAGGCAGCAGGUCAGUUGUUGUGAGAGGAGGAACCUCAGAGUUGGAGCCAUGUUGUCGGCGGAGGAGAUCCUGUGCAGCACGCAGCAGGUGAUCGCUGGGCUGGAGGCGUUGAAAGGAGAGAACCGCAGUCUGCUGGAGACCCUGCAGGAAACGACGGACAGCCGGCCCACGUCGGAGAGCGGCAGCGUGGAGCAGGAGAAGAGCGGCAUCAUCCGCCAAUCACUGGAGAGGAUAGAGCUGGGGCUGAGCGAGGCGCAGGUGAUGAUGGCGUUGUCGGCUCACCUGGGUUCACUGGAGGCCGAGAAACAGAAGCUUCGAGCUCAGGUACGUCGUCUCUGUCAGGAGAACCAGUGGUUGAGGGACGAGCUUGCCGGGGCUCAGCAGCGGCUGCAGGACAGGGAGCAGGAGGUGGUCACCCUGGAGGAGCAGAACAGACACCUGCAGUUCAUGUCCUCCAUACGCAAAUAUGACCAGGAGGAGCCGCUGCUGGACGACAAAGAGACGUCUUCCACCAAGGAGUCUCUGGACGACCUCUUUCCUGCCGAGGACGAGGAGCAGUCACAGAUUUCCCAGCCUCACCACAGCAGCGCAGCAGCCGCAGCCCAGCAGGGAGGCUACGAAAUUCCCGCCCGCCUUCGAACGCUCCACAACCUGGUCAUCCAGUACGCAUCCCAGGGACGAUACGAGGUCGCUGUACCGCUCUGCAAACAGGCCUUGGAAGACCUGGAGAAGUCGUCAGGCCACACCCACCCAGAUGUAGCCACCAUGCUGAAUAUCCUGGCGCUGGUGUACAGAGACCAGAACAAAUACAAAGAAGCAGCAAACCUGCUGAACGACGCGCUGGCGAUCAGGGAGAAAACUCUUGGAAUGGAUCAUCCAGCAGUGGCAGCAACACUCAAUAACCUGGCAGUGCUUUAUGGGAAAAGGGGAAAAUACAAGGAAGCAGAACCGCUGUGUAAAAGAGCUCUGGAGAUCAGAGAGAAGGUUCUGGGUACAGACCACCCAGAUGUGGCGAAGCAGCUGAACAACCUGGCUCUGCUGUGUCAGAACCAGGGGAAGUACCAGGAAGUGGAGCAGUACUACGAACGCGCUCUGCAUAUCUACCAGAGCAAACUGGGACCAGAUGACGCCAACGUGGCCAAGACCAAGAACAACCUGGCUUCCUGUUAUCUCAAGCAGGGGAAAUACAGACAAGCUGAAGCUCUUUAUAAAGAGAUCCUGACCAGAGCGCAUGAAAAGGAGUUUGGAUCUGUAGAAGGUGACGGUCGUCCCAGCUGGUCCGCUGCUGAGGACGGCAGCAACCUGAAGCGCAGCGGCUCCUUCACCAAACUCAGAGAGUCGAUACGACGAAGCAGCGAGAAACUGGUCCGCAAGCUGAGAGGAGUCGAAAUGGAGGAAACGACCCCGAGGAAUGCUGGGAUGAAAAGGGCAAACUCUCUGAAUGUGUUGAAUGUUGGAGCCAGAGACAAUCAGGACGGCACUCAGUCGAGUCGCCUGAGAGAUAAUCGAGCUCUGAGCUCCAGCACGCAGAACCUGACGAGACGAGGUUCACUUGGUGGGACCAGCUAACACACACACACACACACACACACACACACACACACACACACACACACACACACACAAACCCUCUACAGGAUAGUUAGACAAACGUUCACAACCCACUGACCUGUAUCGAUUGUUCAUAUCAGAUGUCAAACACCGUAGUGGAUUUAAACACCUUCAAGAAAAACAAGAUAAGCGUCACAACUGGAGACUUUUUCAAAUCUUACUUGCUGGGUGAUUCUCAUGAAGACGAUACAACUCACAGCAAAAAUCAAAGAACAAUGUAUACAUUAUAUUGUAUACAUUUUUCCCUUUAUAUCAAAUAGGAUCUAAUUUCAUUAUUCGAUUUGAAAUUAUGAUCUAUGUGCACAUUACCAUAACACAUUUUUAAUAAGAAAUAUGAAACAUCAAAACUAAUUUUUUCUCUUUUUUUUCCGACGGCAAGCACUUCAAUAGGCUCAAGGUUAGUGGGUAUCACCCAAAAUGUGUAUUAUUAACAUACACACAUAUUUUAAAGCAAAAUAUAAUUUCAUCACCUUAUUCAUGUAAACAGUUUUUCACAUCAACUUUCAUUGUGAUUUUGUUUUAAAGCAUUAUAUUGAAAAAUACAGUUAAAACACAGUAUAAAGGGUCUAAAACAUUUUAAGAGAUUAAACAUUGGGGGUAAUUUAUUCAUGUAAUUUCAAUAAAUCAUCAAAUACUAUAGAUUACGGUAAUGAAAAAAGCAUAUUGGUAAUCAAUAACAACACUUCAAUAAAUAACAAGACAAUAACGAUCAAAACAGAACAACGUUUGUAUGUGAAAGUUUAGGAAUCCCUCGUCAAUUUCAUAUAAAAAUGAUUUAAUUGAAUCAAUUUUUCUUCUCACCCACACGACCCCAAAGCAUAAACCCACCUGCUUUUUCUCUAAAUGUAUCCAUCAUGUCCAGAGGAAACUUUUCCUAAGAUCUCAUCACAUAAAUUAACGUUUGAGGUAUAAAAAAAACCAACACUCAGAUAAACCAGAGACUAAUAAAGUUCUGCGGACUGAUGAAACAAAAACUGAGGUUUUUUUGGCCAAAACCACAAAAGAUACGUUUGGAGAAAAACAUGUGAAUAAGUUUCUUUCUAUGUCAGACCUGCCGACCCUGGACGGAUCUUUUAAGCAGCACUUCGAUGACCCAGAUGUGUCGGAUGCAAAUCACUGCUGUUCACACAAUGAAUUACUGUAUAUAAUUUGCAUACAUACGCAUGACAGUACGUCAUUUGCAUAAAUGAAGCAGUCAAAGAGACAAAAGAGUGAGAAGCACUGAUAUGAAAAUUCUUGAUACCAAUAAUAGAUUGUUUACAAAAAAUAUCUGCAGAUGCCCGUUACUGUUAGGUUAGUAACCUGUUACUGUGUUUAAUUUAGCCUACACGCUAACCUGACACUAUUUUUAUUGUUUACACCACAAUAAUCAAACUUUAAGCUAAUUUCAUAAGAUAGUGAUAAUGUAGCUGUUAAACCCAAACCAGCCUAAACAGACUAUUUUGUGGCUCUGGUGAAAUUAAUAUUUUAGAGCUGGUUAAUACAACUGUUCUCAUUAUAGGAAGGCUGUUACUUAAUCAGAUGAUGACCUAAUAACAAUACAGGCUGAAUAUAAACAUGGUUGUUGAAACUGUAGAAGUCAUCACAUCCCUCCUUACAUAUUGUGCUUAAUUUGCAACGUGAGGGUGUUUCCUUUCCUUGAAAUGUUCCUGGAGUAGGCAAAGUUAUAGACAACACACACACCUACCUCCCAGCAACUUUCUAGGUAACGUUAUUUCUGUGGCACAUGCACUCACUUUUUUAUACUCUUUAUACAAGACGGGAGGAAAGAAUCCGGCGUUAUGAUCGGUCGAACUCUUUGUGCGUUUCUGCAGGCUAGAUGCUGCUGCCUGUUGCUGUUAGACUUGAGUACUGCAGAGUGACAAAUCGUACCAGCGUACUUUGAUGUUAAAGUACAUAGAGGUCGGCAGGUCUGCUAUAGUGAGUCCAGAUCUCUUGCACCACACUGAAGAGCCUGGCAGAUGACGUUACAAGCAGCCGUUUCUUUGAUGUUCUCCAAAUAGUACGAAACCUUGUCGCCGGGGAAUUUUACAGCGGGAAUGUAGAAUCGGUUGUCACCAGCACAGCUCAUGGUGUCGACUUCAUACUGACCACUGACAAUGUGGAUUAAUAUCAAAUAGCAUUAAGUGUAAAACCUUGCCCAGCAUACUCUGCUUUAAGUAUUAUGAAGUGAUUAUGACCUCCACCUUUGGCAUCACAUCCCUGUAAGCUGUUUUAUAUCUAGCCGUGUUACUGAGGUCUCCGUCAUGUUCUGACCUUGAUGGUCUCCUUCAUCUCUAUGGGUGAAGAUAAACUUAUUUUGGGGAGAAACAGUCACAAGAGCGGCUACAGAAGCAAGAGACUUCUCUAAAUUGGAUCCUCUUUAGUUCUGCUACAACAAGCUGAGCAGAAAUGAGUUUGAUUUGCAAAAAACAUGAAAAUAACUCAAGUAAAUAAUGCAAAUGGAAAAAAAUGUCAAAGUUAAAAAAAAAACAGCAGAGAGGAAAGGCGAUAAGGUGGCAGGGUGCUCACUUGAUGUACUUUCAUAGUCUCUUGUACUGGUUUAAGUGAUGGAGCAACCAGUUCCCCACAUUUUGAAAUGUUCUCCUCUGUCACCUCAAAAAAAAGCCUCACAGAUGAUUACUUUGACAGAUUUUCCAGCAAACCACCAGCAUUUUGGGAUUGUCUGUGCCACAGGCCACCAAACGAUCCGCCAGGUUUUUAAGUGCAGCUCCUUCUCCCAUCGUUGGGCUCUUUUCCUACGAGAGGCCCCAGUGACGUUCCAGUUACUGUUACUUUCAUAAAAGCCACUGUGGAAGUUUGGUAGAACGCUACUUUAAUCCUCUACUGUGACGUCGGCCCAUCUGAGAGGAAGUAGAUGGUUUUUUUGCCCCGGGGGGAGGGGGCGACUGGCUCUAAUGUGAUCCAGGACUGGAUCCAGAUGUGCCCAUGUGGCAGCAGCAGCAUCAUGUCGUAGGCUACCAGAUGAUUCAGCUUGUCUCACCCCUGUGUGCAGUUUUUUUUAAAACUUUGCUGCUGAAAUUUUCGUGUAUUUUACAGACGUGUUUCUCAGUCUCUUGGUUUCACAAUCCAGAGGGGUUAAAAACACUGGGAGACCUUCAGGCAGAGAGGGUUCUCUCUCUCUCUGAGGAAUUUCUUGUGGAGAUUUUCCAUUUUAUCCGUGAGGAACCUCUUCCUGUAAAUCCGCCCCGGCCUUCCUGACCUUCCCAGUCUCACCAUUAAUAACUGUGGAGACAUCUUCUCUGUGCAGGAAGACUUUGACAUGAUCAUCCAUCCUCCUUCUUCUGUUUCUCACACAGUUUCAAACGGUUCUCUCUCCUCUUUUUGGCUCAACGUGCAAGCAGAAUAAUAGUCUAGUUACUUUUUUUUUCUACGUGGAUCAUAAACCCCUGCAUAUAAAAACGACUCAUUGAAAUCAGUUAAUAAUUUUAAAUGUUUCAGAGCUUUUUAUCCAGAAAAACUGCAGCUCCUCCGUUUACUUCAGUUCAGUCCUGCAGGGUCCAAUAUAACAGCAACGAGCUGAAGCAGUCGAUGCGUCAUUUAUGUUUAUACGUCUAUGAUCUUUUGUCUCCUCUUCGUCGUCGUGCUUUAUGCAUCAAAAAACAGCACGUUUGGACACUGUGUUUUCCUCAAAUAUUUUUUAAAGCAUUAUAUCUGUUAAAUGAUACAGUUUUAAACAAAUUUAUAUUUAUUUUCAUAAACUUGCUUGAAUAUUUAUUAUGCUAAAUUGUCAUUUUUCUCACAUUACAGUAAUGAAUUUGUGACUCAGAAAUCAGUUAAAAAACAUAUAAAAUUCUAUUUUGGUACCAAACAAUAAACUGUGCAACAUAAUAAACAUGUUGUACUUUAAAAUAAAAGUGAAAUAUUUUAAGUUUUCAUUAGUUUGUCCCUAAAAUCUUCACAGAUACACCUUUUAGGAUCGGCUUCAUGAGAAUCACCCAACUGUUUUCACUACCUUCCUCUGAACAAGUAACAGCAAAUUAAUGUUUACGCUUUUUUUUUUUUUUGCCCAGUAAGCACAAUAAAAUGACAUGUUUGUCUCCAGUAAUGACGUUAGUUCACAUAUCGACUGUACCUUGAGACAUUUCUACAUUGCACUAUAACCACUGAUGUAACUUUCCUUUCCUUCCUGUUCACUUGAAAUUUAACGUCACUCUUUCCUGAUCACAAGUUAAUAAUUAACUUAAAACACAAACUGUUCAUAUUAGACUCCUUAUAAAACAUCACCAGCAUUUACAAUGUAGGAAAACUUCAGUUUUCACUAUAUUGGUAUAAACCAGACCAAAUCCUUUGCAGGUUAACAGAAAUCUGUAACACAAUUAACUUUACGUUUGCAUUAUUAAGAGUUUCCUUUUCCUUCCUUUUUUUUUUUUAGAUCUUUUGUAAAACAAAUGAAUUCUCUUUUGAGAAGCACAGGGAUGAAAAGUCGUUUGCACAAUCAUUAAUACGUGUGAUGUGUUUGUCGAACUGUAAAUGUUACAUUUGGUUUACGAGGGAGAAGUUUAUACUGUUAAAAUGUUUACGAUGUGCAGGCGGUUGAAAUUAUAUUUUCAUAUCAGAGCUGAUAAUAAAGUUCUGAAAAUAAGGACCAACUUUUUAUUUUUGACUGAAUUUAAGUUUAAAGAAUCUAAAAAUGUCAUUUAAAUCAUUUGAAAACUGCUAGAAAACGAAGGCACGUCUCAACUUGAAGAUGGUACUUUAAAGGAUUGUGGAUGCGUUUUGCACAGUCAGUUAAUAUUUUAUCAAUCAAACACUUAACUGUGGCAUAUUGAUCAAUAAUUGAAUAUUAAUCAUCCCAAGUAUUGAUUUGAAUAUUCAUCAAAUUAACAGAUUUAUUUAUUGGAUUAUGAGGCUUAAGCUUUUUAGAUACUCAAAGUUGUAAUUUUGAUGACUUUCACUUUAAUUAAGACUUUAUAGAUCUGAAGGUUUAGAUCAUUUCUGACGUCUGUGCUCCUCUGCAACAGUAUAAAAACAGACAGUAUGGCAGACAGCGAACGCAAUAAUCUAACAUUAUGACGUCUAGGCUGUCUGUACACACAGUGGUGAAAAUAACAAAUCACAGCAUGAACAAUUUUUAUUGUAAUUUUAAUUCCAUUCUUAUUCACUGAAAUGCCUGAGAACUACUGUACAACUUACCACGAGUCACUGUAAUAAACGAUAAACCAGCUUUUAAUAGCUUUUAAUGUAGAUUUUUUUUUUUUUUUGUGCUUUUUCAAAUUUUUGUUGUAGCAAAGAAAUACUUGAACUAGUUACUUGAACUUGAGACUCAAACUCAAGAUUUGGCAAAACAAAAACUAAAUCUUCCAUUUUAUAUCAAUACAAUCAUUUUAUAUUAACUAAACACUCAGGAACAUUUAAUAAAUAAAAGAUACUUAUGCAAAAAAACAAGAUUGGAAGGAGUGCUGCUACGAAAUCUUGGCUCCCUUUAAAAAAAAACACGUUACGACCACUGAAUUUUAUUUCAUAAAACUCCUCUUAUGGCUCUGAUCAAGCUUUUUUUUUCCUGUAAAAGUAUAUAUCCUGUUUUUCCAUGGCGGAGAACUACUGAUUGUACGUCUGCUGUUUGUUUAAAGGGCUGAAAUUGUUAGUUAUUAUAGAAACUACAGUCUGUUAUACAAGCUUACUGAAGCAUUGUAAAGAUGUUACGUACAAAAAAAAUGGAAAACAAUUAUUUCAUCUGCUUGUUCUGUGCUUAUUCUGGUAAAUAUGAAUGUUUGUAUUUUAUAUCUGCAAACUUGAGCUGAAAUGUAAAAAUAAAAGUACAAUAAGAUGUAAAAAAAACCCUUCAAUUUCAGUGUGUGAUGUUUGUUUUGUCUUUUAGGGCUGGUACCUGUAAAAUAACUAUUAAUUCCCCCAAGAUUAAAAACACAAGAAAAACAAGUCAAGAGCCUUUAAAUACAAACAUUUAUAUUCCAACUUUCUCAAUGAAAAACAGAUACAAAUAUUUCUAUGUACAGUUGCAGUAGAAAAAGGACACUAACAGUCGUCUUGUCUGUAUGACAGACACUAUAUGGACCGAUGUUACACCCGCACAUGGAAUAACAUUUUUUGUAGUUAAUGCAACAUUUUCUUAUCUUAAACACGUCUGUUUGUCUCAUUUUUAAGCAAAAAUGUUCUCAAAACGAUACAAGUUAAAAACAGCGCACAGUGUGAUAAUAACUAUUGGUCUUUAAAGCAACAAAUGUUUUGUGUCACAACCCUACAGUAGCUCUGGAGUGCC